AUGGCUCCCCAAGAUACCAAGUCAACCUCGAGGAUCGCCAUUGUCGGCGUUGGCCAGGUGGGCGGCUCCGUUGCGUAUGCGCUUAUCCUCGGGUCCGCCACGUACGAGCUGCUCCUGGUUGAUGUCAAGGUGGACUUGCGAGACGCCCAGGUCCGCGAUCUUUCUGAUGUUGCUUAUGCCGCCGGCGGCACUGUACGUGUGCGUGCGGCCACGCAUCAUGAGGCAGGCCAAUGCGACAUCGUGGUGAUUACUGCAGGGUCCAAGUACAGCUUAGGCGAAACCAACAUUCAGCAUAUGCAUCGCAACGUCUCGGUGAUCCGGAACGUGGUGAAGGCUAUGACGCCGUUCCGAUCCGACGCCAUCGUCCUUGUCGUGUCCAACCCCGUCGAUCUCCUCACUUCGGUUGCCCAGGAACUCAGCGGGCUCCCCAAGUUCCAGGUCUUUGGCUCGGGAACCUUCCUCGAGUCGGUGCGGCUUCGUGGUCUGCUGGCAGACAAAACCGGAGUACGUCUGGUGCUACUGACAGUACCGAUUGCUGGAAUCACCUUCACUUUACAGUAG